AAAAAAAAAAGCAUAGAAAAAACGAUUACGUGGUCAAAUAUAUGGGAAAAACAGUGCAUGCUGCAAAAAUUCGUCCCCGUUCAAAUCUGAUCCUCUUGUUCACUUUGUAAUAGUAGCUUGAUGUCACUGCAAAGUUUGUACCUUGAUUUGAAUGAUGAUGUCAUCAUCCCAGCAAAAGAAUGGUUAUGAGGCUUUCAUUGACUGCGCGUGCUUCAAUCAUGGAUAAAUAUUAUCAAACUGUCAAUGAUUUUGCUUUCAUUUCUUCAUGUAUUGUUUAGUCAUAGCUCCUAUGUUUCUAGGCUUUGUCAUCUUAUGUAGUUCCAACUUAUCAGAAAUCAAGGGACUUGAGAGCUUGAUCAAGAAUAUUUGGCUGGUUUUUCACCUUGACAAUAAAUAAACCAUCCCUUCCACAUGUAGGCAAUCAAAUUAAUAAACAAAGUUUAGAGAAGUUGAAUACGUCUGUUUAUAAAGAAGAUUGUAGUCUAGAAGAAUAUUUACAAAUACAAUUAGUUUAAUCUUGAUAUAUAUCCACGUGAAGUUGAUCCAACAACCCACAUGUGACAUGUAAAUGGAGGCUCCACUCUAAGUUCAGCUAUGUAAUAAGCUGCCUAAAUUCAUGUGAGAGGCCAUAAAGUUGCUGACGAUUAAAAAUAUACUGUGUGCCACAGAGAAUAUCUCACUUAAGACAAUGUGACCACUCUCUCAUUGUUUGUUAAACACCAGUGAUCCUCUAAGUAUAAAUAAACACGCCCGGUUUGGCAUAUUUUAUCUACAUAACCAUCUCUGGAUUGGUAGUUGGUAUCUCAAUGGAUAUCGCUCUAAAAGUGGUGUUUGUCCUCUCUCUAAGUUUGGUUUCUUUGAAACCAUUAGUCGAUGCCAGAUAUUGGCAGUGGUCUACUGAAAUAAAACCGGAUUCUUCAGCAGCCGUUGAGGAUCUUGUCACCACUCUUCCUGGCCAACCUAGUGUAGAUUUCCAACAUUAUGCUGGCUAUGUCACAGUCAAUCAAAACAACGGAAGGGCACUCUUUUACUGGUUUUACGAAGCCACCAAUCUCGCUGAUCAAAAGCCUUUAGUGCUCUGGCUAAACGGAGGUCCCGGCUGUUCUUCCGUGGGAUAUGGAGCAACACAAGAAAUCGGGCCUUUCUUUGUGGACAACGAUGGGCGUGGCUUGAAAUUGAAUCCUUUCUCAUGGAACACAGAAGCCAACUUAUUGUUCCUGGAAUCUCCAAUUGGUGUGGGCUUUUCAUACUCAAACACUAGUGGUGAUUAUGAUAGGCUGGGAGAUGACUUUACAGCAAAUGAUGCAUAUGCUUUCCUCCACAACUGGUUCCUCAAGUUCCCAUCAUAUCAAAAUCGAAUAUUUUACAUUGCCGGAGAGAGCUAUGCAGGGAAGUAUGUUCCUGAGCUGGCUGAGAUCAUUCAUGACAAGAACUCAGAUCCCUCUUCCUUAUUCAUUGAUCUCAGAGGCAUACUGCUUGGCAAUCCGGAGACGCACGACGCGGAGGACUGGAGAGGCAUGGUGGACUACGCGUGGAGCCACGCUGUGGUCUCGGACGAGACCUACAAGACCAUUGUGAAGUCGUGCGAUUUUUACAGCGAUGACACGUUGAACAACAGCGACUGCUACGCCGCCUGGGACGAGCUGCUCAGCCAGUACGAUGAAAUAGAUAUUUACAGCCUUUACACAUCUGUGUGCAUCGCCAACUCGUCUGCUUCUUCAACUCUGCUCGCGGCCAGGAGGUCAUCCAAGAUGAUGCCGAGGAUGAUGGGUGGUUACGACCCGUGUUUGGACGACUACGCCAAGUUCUACUACAAUCAAGGCGAGGUUCAGAAGGCCCUCCAUGUCUCUGAUGGAACAACCACCCUCAAGAAGUGGAGCAUAUGCAAUAUGACUGUGUUUGAUAACUGGUCCGACACGAAGAAAUCCGUGCUUCCGAUAUACAAGAAGCUCAUAGCUGCUGGGCUCCGGAUAUGGGUGUACAGUGGAGAUACUGAUGGCAGAGUGCCUGUUCUGUCGACGAGGUACAGCUUGAGCUCGUUAGGGCUGCCGAUCAAGAGGGCGUGGCGGCCUUGGUACCACCAGAAACAGGUUGGUGGAUGGGUGCAAGAAUACAAUGGGCUGACAUUCGCCACAUUUAGAGGGGCGGGGCAUGCUGUGCCCAUAUUCAAACCCAGCGACUCCCUUGCUUUCUUUGCCUCCUUUCUUGCAGGGGAAUCUCCACCUUCCCAGAGAUGGGCUAAUUGAAUGUUUUCCUACUUCAUCAAUAUAUAUAUAUUCAAUCGACAGAUUCUCAUCUCUAUUUUCUGGUCUUAGAAGGUUGAUCAUCAAGUGCUGCCUGCUUCUUGUAGGAAAACACUUAUAUUAUAUGAUACUCGUGUAAUAAUCAAUUGAUAAAUCUAUCUAUACCUAUUAUAAAAGAGCCUUCUUUUACAAAAA